AUGCAGCCCCAGCCCGCCCCCUCCGCCGCCGGGGCUUCAGGCAGCGUCGACCUCCGCCCGCCUCGCCAGACGCAGCGGGAGAGGCACGCAGUCACGGCCCGCCCGCCUUCUCGCCAGGAGGUGCGCGCCCCCGCCCCGCCGCCCCCUCCGGCAGGCACUGAGCACAUGGCCGAGGGGAGGCAGCCUCACGCAGCGGCGGCGGCGGGAGCGAGCCAUGAGCCACCACGCCCGCCCGCACGCCACGCAGACACUGGAGGCGGUGCGUGGGGCGCCUCGCUCGCUCCGGUGCCACCUCGGCCUCGGGGCGCCCCUCGCGCGCCCCCCGCCCCUUCGCCGCCGCCCCCGGCUCUUUGUUCCGAGGCUGGCGAUUACUUCGCCCGUGCAUUGAUCUCGCGCCCUUUGAUGAUCCGCCAUCGCCGCCCCGCCCCCGGAAAGCCCACACCAUCAUAUCGCUCACACGCCCACAGGACCAUUAAAGCAAUCCAGACAUUUGUUCCAGACGACGAGGAGGGGGGGGGGUCACAGGGAGGGAUGAACACUUGUUCCAGACGCAGGGCAGGGCCGGUCGAGGGUCACUCUUACACCUCUCUCUUCUCGGACGAAGCUCGCGCCGGAAUUAAUCAGCCGGCCUCACAUGCGUCCUCGGAUGAUGAUGAGGGGGCCUAA